CAGCCCCCCCUAAGCCACCGACAUCUUCCUCCUUUGAAAACCGAUAGAAGACUUGAAAUUUCUUCUUUCCUUCUUGUUCAAGAACUGAUUUUGGGGCUUAGAACUCUCAUUAAACCCAGAAUUUUCCCCAGAUCUGCUCGGUCUCUUCCUCCCCUGUCCGUCGGGUUCUGCUGGGUGUGGAUCCUUCGGCUUUUCUGCCGUGAGUUUCCCCUGAAUUUUCUGCAUAUCCCGCCGGCCUCCUUCCCAAACUGCAGCUCCGGUUUCCCUUGCUUGUAAAUUCUGGUUUUGAUCGUUCUAUCACCGUAGCACUUGGGUUAGCCUUCUGUUCUGUGCGAGUGAGGUAAGUAAAUUAUGGUAAAGCGCUUCGAUUUUAAAGCAUGUUUUCAAUUGUUUUUGAGAUGGUGGCAAGGUGCAAAUUGAUUUUAAAUUGAUUUAUCCGCAUCUGUGUGUGAUUAAACUGAAAUGAAAAUUGUGAUGAUUUUUAUGAAAAUCAUUGUUUUCUGGAAUUGAGCAUGAUUGGAAUGAAAAUGGGAAUUUCGUUGUUUUUCUGGAAUUAAGCAUGAUUGGAAUGAAAAUGAGGAUUUUAUUGAUUUUCUGGAAUUGAGUAUGAUUGAAAUGAAAAUGAGCAUUUCAUUGUUUUUCUGGAGUUGAGCAUGCCUAUUUGGAAAUUGACUAAACUGUUUUGAUGAACUGAGACUUUGGUAAAUUCUGAGUUUUUCUGUUAAAUCCAUGCUCAUAUGGAAAUUUUCUAGUUUAUUUCUGAAAUUUGAAAUUGAUUGUGAAUUACGGAUUUUCUGUAAAUUUUGCAUGGUUUUGUCUCGGAUAUAGUCAUGAUUACUGAUUACUGUGCCCGCUAGUGGGAGGUUUAUAAACGCUAGCACAUGUCGACAUGUUUACUGAUAGAACCGGUUCAUCUUGCCAAUGGGAUAAUACAUUGGCAAUUACUGUCGCCUACCAGUGGGAGUUGUAAACACUGGUACUACUGACGCCUACCAAUGGGCGAAUACAUUGGUAAUUAUUGUCGCCUGCCAGUGGGAGUUGUAAACACUGGUACCUUACUGUCGCUUGCCAGUGGGAGUUGUAAACACUGGUACUUCUGUAACCUUGCCAAUGGGGUUAAACAUUGGUAACUACUGUGCCUGCCAGUGGGAGGUUUAUAAACACUGGCCAUGACUUAUAGAUGAGACUAUUGAACUGAGUUUUCUUCUGCAUUAACGGUUUGUCAGGAAAUGUUUUGUUAUUGAACUGAAUCUGAUUUUGCAUUGACGGUUUUGUCAUUGAACGUUUUGCUAUUGAACCAAAUUUGAUUUCCGCAUUAACGGUUUAUCAGUGAAAGUUCUGUUAUGUUUACAUGGUUUAUCUGGCAUGCUUAAAAGUUUUACCCAAUGACUACCCAUAUUUACUUACUGAGUUAUCUCAUAGUUUUUCCUUGUCCAUCGUUUCAGGAAGCGAAACCGAGGACGGGAAAAUCGAGAGGAGUGACGAGUUAGAAGGCUAGUCAUUUUGUAAAGUGAAUAUAAAUUCGAGAUAUAGAUCAUGAUCUUGUAAAUUAAAGUUUAAUUGGAGAUCGUAUAAAUUCAUUUAGCGGAUUGUUAGUUUACAAGAAAUUUGACUUGAAGAUUUUGAGAUUAAAUUAUGUUGGACAUG